UAGAAUGUAAUUACAUGCAUUGGCUGUCCUACACCAGCUUUCGUAUCGUUCUGCCUUUCUAGAUGGUUAGCUUCCUUUCGAUGAAGCAAAUUAUUACUAGUUAGAAUUGGGUUUGUGGGAUGAAGUUCUCAGCAAAUAUGUUUGUUAGAUAACACGAUCGAAUUCCCAAUCAGAAGACAAAUGCUGUCGGAAUGAAUCUGAAACCAGGCUAGCUCUAGCUACCCCGGCGAUAUAGUAGAGUUAGUGCUAGCUCUAGCUAGCUAGCUAUACUACCAGUAGCUACUGUACUUUAUUCUAACCGUAGGCGUCUAAAAAUGUAUCUUCUAUAUACAAUUGUCGCUGGUUUAGUUAGCUUUUUAGUUUUAAAAUGGAUGAAAAAGCGAAGGUACUGCACAGAUUUAAAAAGACUUGAUGGCAGAACGGUUCUUAUCACUGGAGGAAACUCUGGGGUCGGCAAGGAGACAGCCAUAGCCCUGGCCAUGCGUGGAGCCCGUGUCAUCAUCGCGUGCCGGGACGUGGACAAGGCUGAGAAGGCAGUGAGGGACAUCAAGAUCAGGAGCCACAGUGUCAACGUGCUGCGCAUGGAGCUGGACUUGGCCAACAUGCGCUCCAUACGAGACUUCUGUAAGAGCUUCCUGCAGAGAGAGAAGAGGCUGGACAUCCUGAUCAACAACGCAGGUAUGCCCGGUCUCUUGGACUGGACGGACGAUAACUUCAGCAUGUGUUUCGGGGUCAACCACCUAGGUCACUUCCUGCUCACCAACCUGCUGCUUGGCCGUCUGAGAGAGUGCUCCCCGAGCCGUGUGGUCACCCUCACCUGCUCCAACUACAAAUACCAGAAGCUGGACUUCCAGGACCUCAACUACAACCUGCUGCCCUUCUUCACCUACUGCCGCAGCAAGCUGGCCAACCUGUACUUCACCCAGGAGCUGUCCCGCAUCGCCCAGGGGAGAGGAGUGACGGCCUAUGCUGUGCACCCAGGCUAUGUGCAGAGCAGCUGGACCUGCCACUACUCGGUGCUGUUCAGGAUGCUGAUGCAGGUGGUCAUGUGGAUGUUCUUUGUGCCGUGUGAGAUGGGGGCUCAGACGGUGGUGUGGUGCUCCGUGUCCGACGAGGCCGCCAAGCACAGCGGGGGCUACUUCACAGACUGCCGGCCGGCCUCUCUGAGGCCCUUCGCCAGAGACCAGGGAGUGGCCAAGAAGCUGUGGGAGGCCAGCGAGAGACUGGUCAACCUGGUCUGAAGAGAUCUGGAGAGACGGGUCAAGCUGGUCUGAAGAGAUCUGGAGAGACUGGUCAACCUGGUCUGAAGAGAUCUGGAGAGACUGGUCACUCCGGUCUAGAGAUAUCUGGAGAGACUGGUUACUCUUGUCCAGAGAGAUUGGUCACUCUGGUCUAGAGAGAUCUGGAGAGACUGGUUACUUUGUGUUUGUUUUGGUGUUUAUUUAAGUCAUGGUGCAUUAUGAUGUAUUUUUUAUUCUUUCAAAUAAUGACAUUAAAAAGUAAUGUUUUCUUGUGAAUUAAUCAAUUAAUAACAUACAAUGGAUGAAAAUGGAUCAAUCUGCAUCAAGACCAGACAGAGGAUAGAGAUGGAUUCAUUUUAACAUCUUUUAAUGAGACCAAAACAGGACUUCUCUGCAGAACUCUUUGGUGUCCCUCCGUAGAGCAGCAGAACUAUGUUCUGUUGAUGCUUGGCUAGAGGCAGCAGUCACCUGCAGUUCCACCAGAGAUUCACUAGGGGGCCACUCACGCACACCUGAAGCACUAACAAGUAGGGAGCAGAUUU